CUUAACCUAAACGAUGGUCAUGAACGGCUGUCGUUCGAUGUUAUUCGACAUAGGGCCUCUUGUAAUUGUGGAUACCAAUUUGCAAAAAAAUCGUGAAGUUGUUAUAGAAGAGACGAGUCGUGUAAACCAGACAUGGAAGGGAAGUUGUGGAUCUCUAUGUAAGAAAAAGUCGUGUAAACCGAAAAUGACUGCGAAUGGAUUGUAACCUCACAAUGCGUAUGUUCGACUGUAUGUUUUGAGUAAACUUAUAGUGUGUUGUUUAUUACCAAUUUUAUAUUAUUUAAUAACAAUGGAACGCAAUGAAGAAGACUGGUCUGUGGAAUGUUCUGAUGAUGAGAAAUAUGAGAUAGAUGCUAAGCACGAGUGGAACAUAAAGGCUGAAGACAUACUUGCACUGAUCGAAGGCUUGGAUGCUAACAAUCGUAUUUUAGAACUUGAAUGGAAAUGUCCUGGUAGGCGAGGACCUUCUCCCCAACCCUCGAACAAUCGACAACAAGAGCACGGAUCUCAGGAAUAUAAGGCCGAAGAAAAGUCAGAUUUUGAUUUCAUGGAUGAGAUAUCACCGAGGCUGCCUGUUCGAAGAGUAGGUGAAAGUACUCCAAAGGGUAGCGCUAAGAAGAAGACUGCUAGUUUCAAUGGAGUGUUAUCUACCAUGUUGAGACAUCGUAGACAAGAACAGCAGGAGAUCAAUGCCAGCCCGAAAAAAAGUGAAUCUCCUGGGCUAAAACCUCAUCCACCCACUUAAAACUUGGUACUGUUUAAAAAAAAAACUGAAAGGACACAUGGUGAUGUAGUUGUAUAACGUAAACUUAUCACGUGAACUAUGCGGAGAUAUGUUACUUUACAUAUACUUUAGAAAGAAUAACAUGUCUAUUAGAAAUAACAUCUGUCGAAGAAUAUGAUAUGCUAUACCUGCUCGAAGGUAUAUUUCUGCUCCAUCCUCCGUGAGGAUAUAAAUGAGAGAUGAAUAUGAUUCGGAUGUUACAUUUAUAUCACAAUUAAUACUUGUCAUAUAUAUUAAAUUUUCUCAACCGUAGAGAUUGUUACAAAUUGAAGAAGACGUGUUUCUAUACAAACCUCCCUAUCCGUGUAUAAGAGAGAGUAAAGUGCAUGUUUUUUUUUUCUCAGAGAUAUAUUUUCCUUUCUACGCUGUAUGCGUGUGAUAUAUGUACAAAUAUACACAGGUAAAAUAUUAAAGGAGCAAAGUUUCUUUGUAAAAAGCGAGAAAGUAUUCGAUGUGUAUUUUAUUACGGAGCCAGUUUCAUCGUACAUUGGGAGUGCAAACACUGCGGACUGCGAUUAACUGUAUAUUAAUAAUCAUGUAACAGACGUUGAUAUAAUUCUAUAAACCAGAUAAUGUUUGUCGUAAGACUUUGUAUGUUGCCUGCAUGUAACAAGAGAGAUAGUUUGGUAGACAUUUUAUUUUAUAAGAAAGAUACUUUACAUUUGCAGAAUUUAAGAGUGCACAAAUGAUUUCGGCUUAUAUAUUCAUUUCGCCAUCGGUUCUUGUUUUUUAGUAUGACUGUAGUAUACCAUCAAUACCACCACUCAUUGUAACACAAUAUUGUUCUGCCUAUGUUGUAAGUGUAUUUAUUUGUAAAGUGCAAUACAUUAACGAUUAAUAUUAUGAUAAUUCUUAAGAAACAACGUUUGU